CUUAACGCAUUCCUACAAUUAACAACGAGAUGAAAGUGUUCGUUUGUCUGUUAGCCGUACUAGCGGUGGCAUCCGCAGGAUUACUAGGAGGAAGAGGCAGCUCCAGCAAUGGCGCAUGGCAAAAGGGAAGCGGCAGUGGAAAAAGCGGAUUACAAUUAGAAUCCGGUAUUAAUGCAUGGCAAGGAGGUGACAGUGGAGCCGGUGGUUGGCAAAUGGGAGGAAACGCAGGUGCUUGGAAAUCAGAAGGAGCAUCGUCUAGCGCUUGGGCUGCCGGAGGGGCAGGACUUUCCUCAGGAUAUGGAAAAGGAGCCGGUUGGCAAUCUGGAGCUAGUAGCGGACCCUGGCCAUCAGCAGGAGGAUCAAGUAAUAGUGCUUCCAAUGGUUGGCAAAUGAACACUGGGUCAUCGGCAGCGAUAUGGAAAGGACAAGGGGCUAGUAACUCAAAUAAGUGGCAACAAGGAGGAAGCACAGGCGGAUAUGGAAGUGGAUCAGCAUGGAAAGCUCAAGGUGGUAAUCAGUGGGCUGAUGAUGCUACUGGUGGAGAUAUUGUAAUAUUGCAAGCAGAUGCUGGAUCAGCACAUAUGAGCUCUUCAAACGGUCCCUGGCAAAACGGUGGAGCUUCAUCUGGUAAAUGGCAAUCUGGAGCUACUCCGUCUGGCCCAUGGGCAAAUCAAGGAGGACAAUCUUCUGGUUGGCAAAAAGGUGUAGGUUCAAGUGCUCCAUGGCAAGGUGCUGGUAUCUCUUCCGGCAAAUUUCGAUCUGGAUCCAGUUCUGCUGGUGCAUGGGCAACCCUAGGAGGAUCAUCGUCUGGUUGGCAAAAGGGUGUCGGUUCCAGCGGUGCAUGGCAAAAUUCAGGUACUUCAUUCGGUAAACUGCAAUCUGGAUCUAGCUCAUCUGGCCCCUGGGCAACACAAGGAGGAGCAUCAUCUGGCUGGCAAAACGACGCUGUUUCUAGUGGACCAUGGCAAAAUGCAGGUGCCUCAGCUGGUAAACUACAAUUAGGAUCUACCUCAUCUGGCCCAUGGGCAACUCAAGGCGCUUCAUCAGCUGGCUGGGAAAAUGAUGUUACUCCAAGUGGACCAUGGGAAAACGCUGGUGCUACCUCUGGCGGCAAGUUUCAAUCUGGAGCCAGUUCAUCCGGUCCGUGGGCAUCCCAAGGUGGCUCCCCAUCUGGUUGGGAAAAUGAUGCCACUUCAAGUGGUCCGUGGCAAAAUGCUGGAGCUGCCUCAGCGAACAAGUGGCAGUCUGGAGCUAGUUCAUCUGGCCCAUGGGCCUCCCAAGGUGGUGCAUCUUCAGGUUGGCAACGACCCACUGGAGGAAAACAAUGGAAAAAAUAAUUGACUUGAAUGACCUGGUCUACAGUAUUAUUAUGAAUAAUCGUUUAUAGUUAUUAUUUGAGUGUGUGGAGUGUGAUAAUGUUUAGCUAUAUUUAAAAUAUAAUGUUCAUAUUUGCUUGAAA